GUUUUGCUGAUGUCGAGCGCCAGGUUAAACCUCAGAACCGUUGCACGUGACCUGCCAAGCUCUUCGUGAAGAGCUUUGCUGGCUUCAAUUGAAGGUUGAAUGAAGAGUUAUAUUAUUAGAUUCAAGCUUCACGAAGACUCCUUAAAUUACUCUUCGAGACGUGAUCAAGCACUGGGAAGAGGGGAGGACGAGGGGGGAGAUACGGUAACAUCUUUUUGAAUUACUCGUAGCGGAAGUUCGACGCAAAGGCUUGCAGGCAACAGGUUUGGGGCCGACAGGUUUGCGGGCGACAGGUUUGGGGCCGACAGGUUUGGGGGACAGGUUUCGUAGCCAAUCGGCCAUCCUGCCUCAAAAAAAUAUUGCGUCAACCCAACAUCCUCAAUCAUUCAACCUGCAGACAGGUCGAGACCUAUUAUCAUGAACUCGCCUUCCCAUAAACACAACAGGUUGCCAGCCGAAGGUAUAGGUCAGGCCGUUGAUGGAUUCGUCAAAUGGCUAGAGAGCGAGCAGAGCGCUAUUUCUCUCUACUUUGCCCGCCACCCUUCUAUCUGCCGUUCGUUCUUAGAAGCAGUGCAACGAGUUACCAGCCGCGAAUCCUUAGUAACUCCGGUUGCAACUCCUGUGGAGAACGCUCUGGAUGACGAGCCUACGGCAUCCGAUUCCAAGGAGGUUGGUGAUCGGACAGAUUCGAUAACCCGCGACGUUCUGCAGGUGUUGAUAAUUCGCCUCUCCUAACGGACAGAAGACUCCAUGCUUUCAAAAACAUUAUCCACAAACAAACCCUCUUUCUGCAGAACGUUCCUCAUCUAUUCCAAAAU